GCACACACACUCGCUCACACACUCACACACUCACACACGUGUGCGCUCUCCGCUCCGGAGCCGCGGCUGCUCCUGCUCUCAGCGCCGCAGUGGAAGGCAGGGCCGAACCGCUCCUUCUUUAAAUACUUAAAUUACCGCCCGGCCAGCCUCGGCGGCCCCCCGCACAGCGCUCCCGGCGCCCCUCCCGCCAGCUCGCCGGCUGCCAGCCCCGGGACCUUUUCAUCUCUUCCCUUUUGGCCGGAGGAGCCGAGUUCAGAUCCGCCACUCCGCACCGAAACUGACACACUGAACUCCGUUGCCUCCUCUUAAAUUUAUUCCUGCCUAAUAGCCACUCGUCUCUUUUUUCCCCCUCAUCUCGUCGCUCCAAGAAAACUUUUUCUUACUCCCCAAAGUUAGAGUCCCCCCUGCCCAUCGUGUAUUACUAUUUCCACUUUUGGAACGACUUGCAUUUUCUUUUUAAAGGAACUCAAGCAAGAUACCUUUUUCUAUCGGACGUUGACUCUCGAUUGUUUGCAAAAGUUUCGCAUUAAAAAAAAAAAAAAAAUCUACCUGAUCUGUACUUGAGAGUUGUUGGUUUCUUUUUUUUUUUCCUUAGUUGUUUUUUUUUUUUUUACUUUUUUUUUUUAUUAUUAUUUUUCCACCUUUAAAAAAAAUGCACUACUGUGUGCUGAGCGCUUUUCUGCUCCUGCAUCUGGUCACGGCCGCGCUCAGCCUGUCUACCUGCAGCACGCUCGAUAUGGACCAGUUCAUGCGCAAGAGGAUCGAGGCGAUCCGCGGGCAGAUCCUGAGCAAGCUGAAGCUCACCAGCCCCCCAGAAGACUAUCCCGAACCCGAGGAAGUGCCCCCGGAGGUGAUUUCCAUCUACAACAGCACCAGGGACUUGCUCCAGGAGAAGGCGAGCCGGAGGGCGGCCGCCUGCGAGCGCGAGAGGAGCGACGAGGAGUACUACGCCAAGGAGGUUUACAAAAUAGACAUGCCGCCCUUCUUCCCCUCGGAAACUGUCUGCCCAGUUGUUACAACGCCCUCUGGCUCAGUGGGCAGCUUGUGCGCCAGGCCGUCCCAGGUGCUCUGUGGGUACCCUGAUGCCAUCCCGCCCACUUUCUACAGACCCUACUUCAGAAUCGUCCGCUUCGACGUCUCGGCGAUGGAGAAGAAUGCAUCCAACUUGGUGAAAGCAGAGUUCAGAGUCUUUCGUUUACAGAACCCGAAAGCCAGAGUGCCCGAACAACGGAUCGAACUCUACCAGAUUCUCAAAUCCAAAGAUUUAACGUCUCCAACCCAGCGCUACAUUGACAGCAAAGUCGUCAAGACGAGAGCAGAAGGCGAAUGGCUUUCCUUUGACGUGACAGAUGCCGUCCACGAAUGGCUCCACCAUAAAGACAGAAACCUGGGAUUUAAAAUAAGUUUACACUGUCCCUGCUGCACCUUUGUGCCAUCUAAUAAUUACAUCAUUCCCAAUAAAAGUGAAGAGCUAGAAGCAAGAUUUGCAGGUAUUGAUGGCGCCUCCACAUAUACCAGUGGUGAUCAGAAAACUAUAAAGUCCACUAGGAAAAAAAACAGUGGGAAGACCCCACACCUCCUGCUAAUGUUGUUGCCCUCCUACAGACUUGAGUCACAACAGUCCAACCGGCGGAAGAAGCGUGCUUUGGAUGCAGCAUAUUGUUUUAGAAAUGUACAGGAUAAUUGCUGUCUGCGUCCACUUUACAUUGAUUUCAAGAGGGAUCUUGGAUGGAAAUGGAUACAUGAACCUAAAGGGUACAAUGCCAACUUCUGUGCUGGAGCGUGCCCAUAUUUAUGGAGUUCAGACACUCAGCACAGUAGGGUUCUCAGCUUAUAUAAUACCAUAAAUCCAGAAGCAUCUGCUUCUCCUUGCUGUGUGUCCCAGGAUUUAGAACCGCUCACCAUUCUCUACUACAUCGGCAAGACCCCCAAGAUCGAACAACUCUCUAAUAUGAUCGUAAAGUCUUGCAAAUGCAGCUAAGAUUCUUGGAAAAGUGGCGAGAUGAUAAUCCCAUGGUGAUGAAGAUAAGCAGGAGGGCGAUGACAAGAACAAAGACAAUGUUUAUAACAGAAAACUAAGAGAGCCUUGCUUCGACAGUGUUAAAAAAAUUUUUGAAAAAAAAACGGUACUAGUUCAAACACUUCGGAAGUCUGUGUUCUGUUUGUUAAAACUGGCAUCUGAAACAAAACAAAAUGAAACAAAUUGAAGGCUUUAUUCUACAUUUCACCUACUCUGUAAGUGAGAGAGACAAGAAGCGAAACCUUUUUUUUUUUUUUUUUAAGAAAAAAAUAAACACUGGAAGAAUUUGUUAGUGUUAAUUAUGUGAAAGGAAAAACAAACAAACAAACAGGAAAAUCCCAUUAAGUGGAGUUGCUGUACAUACCAUUCCUAUCCCAUGCCUCACUUGAUUUUUCUGUAUUGCUAUGCCAUAGGCACCCUGCCCGUUACCUUUCGAGUUAACAGUGAGUUAUUUAUUGUGUGUUACUACAUAAUGAACGUUUCAUUGCCCUUGGAAAAUAAAACAGGUGUAUAAAGUGGAGACCAAAUACUUUGCCAGGAACUCAUGGAUGGCUUAAGGAACUUGAACUCAAAUGAGCCAGAAAAAAAAGAGGUCAUAUUAACGGGAUGAAAACGCAGGCGAGUUAUUCUGUGACCAAGCAAGUCUGCAUUAAGAUAAAGACCCUGAAAACACAUGCUGUGUACCAACUGCCUAAGGAAGCUUCUUGUAAGGUUCAAAACUGAAAAGCCUGUUAAUAAAGGAAAAUUUCAGUCAGAAUAAGUCUGUAAGAUUUUUUUCUUUCCUUUUAAUUGUAAAUGGCUCUUUGUCAGUUCAGUAAACCAGUGACAUGUUGAAAUGUUUUGCUACGUACCGGUCCAAUUUCAGACCUUCAAGUAUUGCUGUAUGGCUAUGCUAUAGGUUUUUCUUCAUUUCCAUAUAUGUAACCGUACCUACAUUCUUACAAUAGAUGGGUAGAGAAGCCAGUGUAAUUGGAAACACAUCUGCAGAUCUUUUUUGUAAACUAUUAAAUCAGAACGUUAACUACUUUACAUGUAAUGUGUAAAUUUUUACCAUAUUUUUAAUGUUCUGUAAUAAUGUCAACUAUGAUUUAGAUUGGACUUACACUGGGGCUCUUUUUAAUGAUCACUCAGACCUGUGUGUUUCCUUUAGCCGGCCAGGACUUUGGAGGAAAGGCCCUGCAGUUUGACUUGCACUUACAGUUAUGUGUUUUAUAGUAUUUCUCCCCGUGCGCUUUGUGUAUUGUCCAAUAUUAUGACAUAAGCUAUCUGAGUCCACUUGUCCUUUCGUUUUCCUUUUAUAAAAAGGAUCGAUUCAAGUUCAAAAGUCUUCCUUCAUCUCCUAAGCAUCAUUACUAAUCAAUUCCAAUGUUAACCAUCUUCUGUGCUAGGAAAACUCGGGAAUAUGAUAGAUAUACAUAGAUCACUGAGCUGAAGUAUUUUCGUUUCAGUCAGGAUCUGACUGAAACUCAGAAUCUUCAUGGCUGAGUGGAGACAGCUUUCUGCAACUUGGUUUAAUCGGUAUGUUCACAGAAUUCUAUGGUUCUUGAGAUCAGACAGUUCAUAGGAGACAUCUUUUCCUUUAGUCAGGUUUUUAGUGUUCGGGGAGAAAUGGAAAGACUGAUAUUUUUGUUGAUUUUUUUUUUUUUUAAAGGAAGGAAAAAAGCCCCAUUUAGCGCGAGUCACUUAGUUGAUUUCACUAAAGUUAAGGUCUUCAUAGAUGUUCUUUGAUGGUCAUUAGAGGUACAAGCCAAAUAUGCCCACGAUCCAAAAAUUCUGUUUAUCCCUCUGAAUGAGAGUUAUCUAGAUCUGAGACUAGAAUUUACCUUGCUUUAAUAAGUGAAUGAUUUGCCAUAUUGUUGCAGAGAAGGUAACGUUCUGUCAAGGUUGGUAGGUCAGUUUACCAGUUGUCUCUUCCUUAGCUUGAGAAGAAAAAUUAAUAAGUAAAACAAUGGAGUAUAUGCAGGGUCCCCGAAAGGGUUGCCUGGCGAGGUGUGAAUCCAAGUGAAGUUGUGUGUGUGAUCCAGUGGACUUCUUGUCUGCCGUUUUCUGGCCAUUAAUGAGAUGAUGAAUUGGAUUCACAGAUUUGCAAACUGGAAAGGCAAGAAUAGGGACGCCAUGGUAGUAGAGGACCCUGGUGUUGGGUGUGACCUGACCUCAGAAACGAGUGCGUUGAUUUUUUUCCUUCCGUUUGCUAUUAAUUCUAUGUAAAUCACUUUUAUUUCUGCAGGUGUUUUCCUCUCAGAAUGACGUUUUGUUUUGUAUUAUUUUGUCUUUCCUCAUGAAUGCACUGAUAAUAUUUUAAAUGCUCUAUUUUAAGAUCUCUUGAAUCCUUUUUUUUUUCGUUUGGAGGUUCUGUAAGGUCUUUAUCUCCCAUAAGUAAAUAUUGUGGUGGGCAGGGAGGGGGGCGGUCGGGAAUGGGAAGAUGUUAGUCUAUGGGUCGGGGCGGGAUGGUGGUUUUCGUGUUAAGCAGCAGUACAAUUUCACGGUCGGCAUGAUUUAAAAAAUGGAAUAGAAGAAUAGCUGUUUUGUACUUUGAUGACCGAUUACGCUGUAUUUUAAACAUGAUGUAUGUCUGUUUUGUGGUGCUCUAGUGGUAAAUAAAUUAUUUCGAUUGGA